AUGGGAGCAACUAUUAGGCUGCAAGAGCUAGACAAGGCUGUUAGACAUUUCAUCAGUCGGGUAUAUGUGUCUUUACCAAAUGAGGAGACAAGACUACUUUUGCUUAAAAAUCUGUUAUGUAGACAGGGAAGCCUAUUGACCCAAAAAGAACUAGCACGACUUGCUAAAAUGACUGAUGAAUGCACAGGAAGUGACCUAACAGCUUUGGUAAAAGAUGCAGCACUGGGUCCUAUCCGAGUACUGAAACCAGAACAGGUGAAGAAUAUGUCUGCCAGUGAGAUGAGAAAUAUUCGAUUAUCUGAUUUCACUGAAUCCUUGAAAAAGAUAAAACACAGCAUCAGCCCUCGAACUUUAGAAGUGUACAUACGUUUGAACAAGGACUUUGGAUAUAGAACUGUUUAA